CUCUCUGCAAUUACGAUGAGAGGUGAUGGAUGUGGACACACUGUGCUAGGCCCUGAGAGUGGAACCCUCGCGUCCAUAAACUACCCGCAGACCUACCCCAACAGCACCGUGUGCAAAUGGGAGAUCCGUGUCAAGAUGGGAGAGCGAAUUCACGUCAAAUUGGGUGAUGUUGACAUUGAAGAUUCUGAUUCUUGUCACUUCAGUUACUUGAGGAUUUAUAAUGGAAUUGGACUUGCCAGAACAGAAAUAGGUAAAUACUGUGGUCUGGGGUUACAAGUGAACCAUUCAAUUGAAUCAAAAAAUAAUGAAAUUACAGUGCUGUUCAUGAGUGGGAUCCAUAAUUCUGGACGAGGAUUUUUGGCUGCAUACUCAGUUAUAAAUAAACAAGAUCUAAUUACUUGUUUGGACACUGCAUCCAAUUUUUUGGAACCUGAGUUCAGUAAGUACUGCCCACCUGGUUGUCUCCUGCCUUUCGCUGAGAUAUCUGGAACGAUUCCUCAUGGAUAUAGAGACUCCUCGCCACUGUGUGUGGCUGGUAUACAUGCAGGGGUAGUGUCGAAUGUGCUGGGCGGCCACAUCAGCGUUGUCAUCAGCAAAGGCGUCCCGUACUACGGAGGUUCUCUGGCCAACAACGUCACGUCUGUGGUGGGACACUUAUCUACAAGUCUUUUUACAUUUAAGACAAGUGGUUGUUAUGGAACGCUGGGAAUGGAAUCUGGUGUGAUUGCUGACCCUCAGAUAACAGCGUCGUCUGUAUUGGAGUGGACCGACCAGACAGGGCAGAAGAACAGCUGGAAACCCGAAAAGGCCAGACUGAGAAAACCUGGACCUCCUUGGGCUGCUUUUGCCACUGAUAAAGAUCAGUGGUUACAAAUAGAUCUGAAUAAGGAAAAGAAGGUUACAGGCAUUGUCACCACUGGAUCCACCAUGGUGGAGCACAACUACUUCGUGUCUGCCUACACCAUUCAGUACAGCGCGGACGGGCAGCGGUGGGCUGUGUACAGCGAGUCUGGGGCGGAGCAGUGUAAGGUGUUUCAGGGGAACAAAGACUAUGACCAGGACGUACGUAAUAACUUUUUGCCGCCAAUUACUGCGCGUUUCAUUAGAGUACACCCUACCCAGUGGCAGCAGAAAAUCGCCAUGAAAGUGGAGCUGCUUGGAUGUGCGUUUACUCCUAAUGGUCGUCCUCCAAAACUCACUCAGCCUCCACCUGCUCAGAACAGCAAUGACAUCAAAAACACCACAGCCGCUCCCAAAGUAGCCAAAGGUCGUGCCCCAAAAUAUACUCAACCAUUACAACCUCACAGUAGUAAUGAAUUUCCUGUACACACAGAGCAAACAACUGUCACUCCUGAUAUCAAAAAUACGACCAUAACUCCAAAUGUAACCAAAGAUGCGGCGUUGGCUGCCGUUCUUGUCCCCGUGCUAGUCAUGGCCCUCACCGCUCUCACCCUGAUAGCAGUGUGCGCUUGGCACUGGAGAAGCAGAAAGAAAAAAGCUGAAGGCACCUAUGACUUACCUGCCUGGGACCGGGCAGGUUGGUGGAAAGGAGUGAAGCAGCUUCUCCCUGCCAAAGCAGUGGAGCACGAGGAAGCCCCGGUUCGCUACGGCGGUAGUGACGUGAAUCCCUUGACUCCAAGAGAGCUCAGCACGGUGCUGCAGACCGACUCCGCAGAGUACGCACAGCCCCUUGUGGGAGGAAUUGUGGGUACCCUUCAUCAGAGAUCGACCUUUAAACCAGAAGAAGGAAAAGCAGCAAGCUAUGCAGACCUGGAUCUGUACAACUCCCCGGUGCAGGAGGUGUAUCACGCUUAUGCUGAACCGCUCCCAAUCACCGGGCCUGAGUAUGCAACCCCGAUUGUCGUGGACAUGUCAGGACACGCCACAGCCUCCGCUGCUCUACCCUCCACGUCCACUUUCAAAGCUACAGGGAACCAGCCUCCCCCUUCAGUGGGAACUUACAAUACACUUCUCUCCAGGACUGAGAGCUGCUCCUCCGCCCAGGCCCAGUACGAUACUCCUAAAGGUGGGAAGCCAGGCCCGGCCGCCCCGGAAGAGCUGGUGUAUCAGGUGCCACAGAGCACACAGGAAGUAUCAGGGGCAAGAAGGGAUGGGGAGUGCGAUGUUUUUAGAGAAAUCCUUUGAAGAUGCUGCUGCUUUUUACAGAGCAUCAAUUUAAAGCACAUGCCUUUAAAAACACGACCAGUGGUGGUAAUAUAUAGAAUGUUAUUACGUAUCUGUCACUGAGGUGGGGAAUGUGGCCAAGGUACAGGAAACUGCUUAUCUUGCCGUCUUGUUUAAAGGUGUUACUGUGGCGCAGUUACCGCUUGCCUGUUAAGUUUUCAGCAACUUGUUUAUCACUACUGUAAAACACUAUUUUUAAUAGAAAGAGAUCCCUGCAGUGCACUUCAGAGAAACUGCAAGGCACUGAGUAUCUAUUACCAGUGCUGCAGGUACGUUAGUGAACUCGAGUGGGUUCCGUAAGCCUGAUGGGCGAUACGCACGGUACUGUUCUUGAAAUACCUGAUGGCUUGAACUUCUCCUUUCGUGAAAGGUGGGUACUGUUAUAUUUGCCUCCUUUUCUAUUCCUGUGUUGCAUCCUGGAUCUUUAAUAGUGAUGUGGCACUGUUUUGAUUGUAGCCGUACACAUUUCUGUCUUAAGGAGGUUGCUGGCUAGGAAGCUGACUUGUCACGAGCUGGGCCACUAACUUGUCGCUUGCUGACACUCUAAGAGCUUUAGCACCUCACGGUACCGGACCCGGGCUCCUCCCUGCUCCUUCCACCCGGGGCCCUCCGGCUGGCCCCAUUCUUGUUUAUAAAAUGUUCGUAUUUUUUUGUAGGUAAUGCUUGUUCUAUCAAUCUCAUGAAAUCAGACCCUGUGAUAUCUUUAAGUAUGUGUCUCUUUUUAGAAACCAGAAAAGGAAUUUCAAGUUUAGGAAAGAUGUAAAGAAGAUUCUCUUUCUACACUCAGAAGUUAUAUAAAUUACCUUGAAAACCAAAAAAAAAAACGUGACUGGAGUUGUCCUCUGGUUUUACACACACACACGCACACGCACCCAUACUUCUUGUCUCAAGGCGUUUUUUAUAAUUUUAGUCAAAUAAUUUUAAUUUCAGGUUUCGUCAGUAAAAUUAUUGUAAGAAGUAGAAGCCCAGUGUGUACCCUUCAGUUGGAUGUGGUUGUGCCUUCUGUGUAUAGUAAGAAUUUGGAGUAGUUCUUUGUGUCAGACCUCGGGAACAAGCGUAGUAGUAGCAUCUUAGCAAAUGAAGUUGGUAUCUCCUAGCAACUCCUAGUCACCAGUUGUUCAUGCCCUGCCCAGAACUUGUUUUAGAUGGGGUGAAUGAGAAAUCGUAUGCAAUUAUUUAUUAGCCUGUAGUACAAAAACCAUGUCUAAACAUCUUAGACUGGCAAGACAGCGUAAGUUCACUGUGUAACAAAAUUACAUAAACCUGACGUCCUCUUUUCCAUGAAUCUGGGCUGGUAAGACUUGAUGUAUAAACUACACUUUAAAAUGAGUGCUUGUUCGCAGUCCAUAAUGUUUACAUUCCUUGUGCAGAACUGGUUCAGGUGCAGAUGAGAAAAUCAGAUUAGAAAUAAAGAGUAAACGAGUGAGUAAGGAGAUAGAUCUUUCUAAGCUGUGCUUCCCUUUGAGGUUCUAGUCAUCUCUUCUGACUUCUGCCACCAGUUAGUUUUGUUUCCAGAAUUCACUAAAUUUGAAUAAAGAUGAACAGUAUUCAUUUUUCCUGCAUCCAUAGGUAUAUCAGUACUAUAUUCUAAAAAAUGCAUCAAAAAGGAGUUAUUUCUACAGCUUACCUGCCUUCUCCUAGUAUUUUGUUGGUUUUAUUCACAUUUGCUUUCCUUUUUCAAACUUUGAGGCACAGUUUCAGUCAUUGAAAAGUCAAUGCAUAUUUUGUUUCGAGAUGAUUGAAACAAAAAGCAUAGCUGUUGGGUUUUUAUUAAACCACAUAUGAACGUGUGAAGCACAUAUAUUAAUGCAGUUUGCUCCUUUCAAGUGGGAACAGAAGAAACCAAUUGCUUUAUUGUUUGUAUUCAUCCUUAGUACACAGAGAAUGUACUUUUUCUCAAGUUAUGAACCUGUUUAAAGCUUUAAGAGAUGUUUUUCAUGAUUUUCAUUUUCCCAGAGAAACUUGCUAUUUUGUCUAAUUCUGUGACCUGAUCACUUUUCCCUGAAGUUUGCUUUUUUUGUAAGUAAAUUUUCUGAAAUAAUGCAGUUUUAACACUUCAUAUUACCACUGUGCUGUCCUUGAACUACCAAUGGUUUUAAUAAAAUACCUAGUUUUUACUAUUUUUAUAUAUUUUACUUUUCAGAAGAAGAGCUGAGCCUGAUUCAAAUGGUUUUUCUUGUUUUGUACUUUUUAGUUUUUUCAAAAAGUAUUUUUAUGUUUGAUAUAUAUGAUAUUAUAUAUAUAUAUAUCAGACUAUAUAUAUAAGCAUACACACACACACACACAGCUUUGGAGACAAUCAAGUAACUGAAAAUGUGAAGAUAACCAUUUUUUGACAGAAGUCUCUUGAAUGUUUAUUCUUCGCUUGAAACAUUUUAGACUUUAAUCACCGUGGUUUGGUUUUUGCGUUUGGGUUUUCUUUUUCCACAGUGCAGUUACAGAAGUAGAAUCAGAAGUGCUAUGGCAAGUGUGGCCACUGGAGGUUUCCUAAAAUUAUGCUGAUUUGGGCCGUCACUUGAUUCGAGGAAGCAGCACCGUAAAUGAUACUGUUACUUCUGAUUAUCUUCUAUUAAACGCUGUAAUCCUAAAUCGAUUCUGUUGUAUGUGCCAGGACUAGCCAGCACAUGUUCAUGUUUCACUAUUUGCACUUUGCAUUAAACAGUGGGUUUAUUCGCUGAUGAAAGUGGUCCAGGGAGAGAAUUUAUGCAGAGUUAAAAGUCCGUCAUACAUACCUUGCCACCCCCGAGGGCCCAGGGCUGGGGAGCAGGCUGAGCGCGGCUUCAAAGCUGUGGAGUGGUAACGCUUGCGCUGCUCUGCCUCGGUUCUCCACCGCCACUGGGAGAGGAGAAGGACUGUCAGAGACGCCAUGUCAGGUGAGAGCAGAAAGAGCCGGUACGGGUGUGGGGCCUGAAAACUUUUCCUUUAACUCUACCAAGACCAGUCUCUGCCCAGGAGAAUAUUAGCUCAGCCUUUCGGUUUUGAACUUGAAGUCCCUAAACUGCAAAAUCCAAGUAUGAGUUGGAUGGUUAUUGAAAUACUUUCAGGUCAACUGUGGCACCAGUUCUCAUUGAAUCCAACUUACGACUAGUUUUCUUUUUGGCACUGGGAAAGAACAUGUAUUGAAGUAGGUAUUAGAAGUAAACAUGGUUUGGGUGUCAGUUGUAUUCUCCUAGAAUGUACUUUCCUUACCUCGGCAUGUACUGUAGUCACUCAGUAUUUGUAUAUGUUGCUAGAAUUUACAUUGUAUAAAUAGUGGGAUUUUAAUGUAUUCUUCAUGUUUUUAAAAAUUGUGUAUAUGUGUCUUGCUCGGAUUAUUUGGCUUAAAUAAACCAGCCUUGAAGUUUGUA